AUGGGUGAUGUUGGCAAGUGGAGCAUAGAGAUGGUCCAUGAAAGAUUUCUAACAACCUCAACAACCAUCACCAUGUGUGGUUACUACAGAAACUACUAUGGAGGCAGAGGCUAUGGCUGCUGUGGCUAUGGAGGCCUGGGUUUCGGCUAUGGAGGCCUGGGCUAUGGCUAUGGAGGUCUGGGCUAUGGCUAUGGGGGUCUGGGUUGUGGCUAUGGCUGUGGCUAUGGCUAUGGCUCACGCUCCCUCUGUGGCUGUGGCUGUGGAUAUGGCUCUGGCUAUGGAUCUGGAUUUGGCUACUACUAUUAA